AAAGAUGGCGGCCAGCCCCCACCACUUUAAAAAAGUUGCCUCACUUCUCUCAAUGGCAAGAUACUGGAAGCUAACAACAUGCUCUCAGCGCUCUCGGCUUAUUUUCGAACACACCCACAGUGCUUCAGAGCACGUAAAAACGUUUGCAUGAACGGACAUAAUAAUUAUACAAUUGAUCAUUAUUUUAUGAAGUGUCCACGUGUGGUUCUACUUUGCAUUAUAUCAGCCUUACCAGUAUUUUCAUAAAAAGCCUGAAAUUUCAAUUCAUUGAAACAAUGCUGCAGCUUUAUCAAUGUAUGUUUCGUACUUUAUCAAGAAAGUUCAAGGGCUCUACAAGAAUUAUAACUUGUUCAUGCAAUGGAAUAAUAAAUUAUCAUACAGCGGGAAUAAUUGUCAUUGGAGAUGAAAUAUUAAAAGCACAAGUCAAGGAUACUAAUUCACACUAUAUGUGCAAUUUAUUAUAUCAGUGCGGGAUCAAAGUAAACAAAAUUUCAGUUAUUAGUGACAAUGUAGAUGAAAUAGCAAAUGAAAUCAGAACUUUCACAAAUGAAUACACAUAUGUAAUUACUUCUGGCGGAAUAGGACCAACUCAUGAUGAUGUUACUUAUGAAGCUCUUGCAAAAGCUUUUAAUGACUCUUUACAUUAUCAUCCAAUUUUGAUGGAUAUUAUUAAAAACCAAUUUAAAAUUCAAAAUCCUUUAUCUUCAGCAUAUAAACUGGCUUACAUUCCAAAAAAGGCCUUAUUGAGAUUUGGAGUUAAUGAGCAAACGAAACAGAAUUUAGCUUAUCCUUGUAUAAUACUAAAAAAUGUAUAUGUGUUCCCUGGUUCGCCAGAAUACUUUGAAAGGUCAUUUGGAUCUUUAUACAAGGAAUUAUUUGCUUCUGACAAACAUUUUUUCAUCGAAGAAGUUUUCAUAGAUGCAAAAGAGGAAUCAUUUGCUGAUGCACUGUCAAUUGUUUCCAAAGAAUUUCCAUGUAUGUCCUUCGGUUCUUAUCCUCAGAGUGCUCACAGCUAUUACAAAGUACGUGUUACUAUAGAAAGCGACAAUUUGGAUGACGUAAAGAAAGCCAAAGAAAGAUUUUUCAAUUUAAUUCCACAAAACAUUUUAGUGAAUUAUGACCAAACACCUUAGGAGAAAGCUGUUUUGAAAUAUGAACAUUUUAUACAAAAUUCUAAAGAGAGAUUAUUGUAUGAAGAUUCAAUUAAAAUAUUACAAGAUAUAUAUACGAAUCCUACAAGUGUAGUAAUAGGGUUUGAUGGUAGUAUAGAAUCUACAGUACUGUUACAUCAUGCACAUAUAGUUAUCAAUAAACUAUCAAGCAAUAAUGUAAAUUUGAAAGCUGUUUAUUUAAAACGUGAAAAAUCAUUUCUGGAUGUAGAAAAAUUCAUCAAGCACACUGUGGAAAGGUAUAACAUAAACAUGUUCACAUUGAAGGGAACACCACACAGAUGCUUAAAGAACUAGUAUUAUUAAAUCCCGAGCUGAAAAUUUUAUUGAUCGGGACAAAGGAGGAUAAACCAGAAAAUGGAGUAUUUCAUGAUCUAGCUCAUAGAAAGUCAUUUGAAUCAGUUGAAAUAAGGUAUCCGUUACUAAAAUGGACUUAUAAAAAUGUGUUGACAUUUGC